AAGUCAAAUUAAAUCUUUAAAUUACAGUCAGCUGACUUCUGUUCUCCUGAUUUCAGCUAGCAUAGCAUCGCUGGAUUUAUUUCACGUUUUUUAGCUGACAUUUGGUACUGUAUUGUUGAAGUACAGGCUGCGUUAAAUCACUGAUGGUUUAGUUCUGCUAAGUAGCUUUGCAGUUGGCUUCCGACUAGCUUAGCAUUCGGAUCAUUUAGCAAGUGAUUAGCAGGUAGUAGCUGAUUUUGAGAGCGCUGCUUCACAGGAGACAUAGCAAAAAAUGGAUAAAAUUUCUCAAGAUGUGGGUGACAUCCAGUCCAGACUGCUGGACCACAGACCAAUCAUCAGUGCAGAGAUCCGAUACUUUGUCCGGGAGUUUGAGGAGAAACGUGGACACAGGGAGAGCAGACUGCUGGAGAACCUCAAUAAAAUGGUGCUGGAGACGAAUGAGGAGAUGCUGCCCAUAAAUUUGGAGGCUCUGACCCAGCAGCUGUCUGAUGUUUCCAAACGGUUGGAGGCUGCUAAUCACAUGGCAGAGAGAAUCCAGCAGAGGGAGCUAGAGGCACAGCAGAGCACCCAGCUGCAGGCCAGCAUGGAGCACUUGAAAGAUGAGUGGGCAGAGUUUCUGAAGGAGCAGCAGAGACUGAAGGAGCAGGUGGACGAGGAGCACGCCAAGACCGUCGGAGAGCUCAGCACAAAGUACUGUGAGAUGCAGAAGAACCUGACCAAGUGCCCGCCCUCCUAAUCAGCUGAUGUUUGUGAGGGUACGAGUUUUUGUUACGGACAUGAACGUACGGUCUGCUCGUGAAGCUCCGGGCUUCAGUGGAUGUACUAUGUGGUCAGCGUGAAAAGGUCUUGCUCCUGCACAGGACUCAACAUUUUCCAAAUCAUAAAUAUGAAAGUGUGAUUAACAGUGUGGCGUUUUCACAGGCCAUCCAAGCUCAGACGUUUGUGUCUUUAGCACAUGGAAUUUUCACAGCAGCUGAGAGGCCUGGAACAUGUCGGUUUUGAACAAGCGAUCAUUUGAUUGUUCCUUGGCCGUGAAGUUUUCAACAUUUCAAGAUUUUUAAUGGAUGCCUGCCUGAAGGGUCCUGAUGAUGAAUCUGCACUGGCCACCAGCUGAAGCCCUUCUGAGCAGGUGUGUUUAAAGCACAGGUGAAGUGUUGUAGAAACGAGCUCAGACAGAACUGUUUUCCAGAGCGAAUCAUCGCUCAUCACCAAAUAUUUGGAACAUUUGACCUCUGACAUUAACUUUGAGUAAACCAACUGUCUGUGAAGGAACUUUCAUAAUAAAAGGCCUCUGCUGACUCCA